CCGUUCUCAACCCAACCCAACCCAUCCAUCCACACAUCAUGUCCGGCUGGGAAGUCCGUUUCUCCAACACGCGCAAAGCUGCCUACUUCCACAACGUCCAAACGCGGGAAUCGACCUGGGAGCCCCCUUCGCACCUGAGCGACGCCCAACUGCGGGCUUUGCCCGGUUCUGAAUACCUUGUCGGAGGCGUAGGAGCAGGAGGGGGGGCACAGACGAAUGGGGAGAAUGAGCAGGUUAGAGCGAGUCAUCUGCUUGUGAAACAUAGUGGGAGCCGGAGACCUUCGAGUUGGAAAAACGCGAAUAUCACCCUCCCCGAAGCGGAAGCGCGUGAGAUCCUGCAAGGGUACGCGAACACGAUCGGUCAAGAUCCUGUCAAGUUCGCCCAGCUCGCCUCGGAGUAUUCGGACGAUAGCAGUCAUGAGCGGGGUGGAGACCUGGGGGUUUUUAGUAGGGGGCAGAUGCAGAGGCCGUUUGAGGAGGCGACGUUUGCUCUUAAGGUGGGGGAGAUUAGUGGGAUUGUGAAGACGGAUUCGGGGCUGCAUCUGAUUAUGAGGACAGGGUGAGCAGGGAGAGGAGUGUACAUGUACAUGUAUACAGUGUAUCGAGCACAAAUUGUGCCAAGGAAAUGUUAAGAAUACAGUUGAUCC